UUGGCUGGGGAAGCGAUCAAGGGAUUGGAGGAUUUGGAGAGGAGCCAGGAAUUAAAGCACAGCUAACGAACCUUAUUCGAUCUGUACGAACCGUUAUGAGAGUGCCGUUGAUAGCAGUGAACUCUGUUACGAUCGUUCUCCUCCUGUUGUUCGGUUGA